AUGUCGGAACUCACAAGACUCACACUACAGCCAGACAAUCCAUGCAACACCAAGAUCACCGAUGAGGACGGUAACGUUCUCUACGUCGUGUACACCGAGCACGGCAAGAACGCGUCCACGACUCGCGUGCUCGACCCCCAAGACCAUGUACUUGCGGCGUACGUAUGGACCGACUACAUCUCCUCUGACAGGGUCGCGCUAGGUGACCAGCCGCUCAUCCCUCUGAGCAAAUGGCUUCACAAGAGUAUCAUUCCAUUCGUGGAUGACGUUUCGUUCAAGGACGACAAGGGCCGGAAGUACAAGUGGAAGGGAAACUCACCGGGGAUGGCUCUCCAGCUCCAUACAGAGGAUGAUGGCUUUAAGGAACCUAUCGCGGGGUUCGAGAGAUCGCGGAGAGAUCCCAAGUCUGAUCCAAAAAACUCUACCUGGACCCCUGCACAGCUCUUAUUUAUGCCACCCGCACUCGAAAUCCGCGAUACCGUUAUCCUGUCGUUCCUGGUCCUCGAGAGAAGCCAUAGGUCAAACGAACAGUCGAAGGACAACCUGAUCAAGGGAGAGGUUGCUCUGAUGGGGGGAAUGCCGUUGGGGGGCUAUUGA